AUCCAUACAGUUGAAGCUUGCAACCCUUGGUAAAUGUCAAAAGUAAAUAGAAAAUAAGAGAUGGGAAAUUAUUUUACGAUGAUUUAACUUUUUAUUCUAAUAUUAAUUAGUGUGCACGUAAUUUUAAUAAUCUUUUACUGUAUAUCUUCAACGUCGAUGUUUUUAUUGUGAUAAAACGUAUUUACAAGUUUUGGAAAAAAUGAGCGAAUAAACGCAGUUUUUCACCUUUUUAUAAUGCACAAUUUGCGUCUAAUCACCGUUUAUUGUACUAAUUUUGUAACGAAUGCACCAGAUAAUUAAAUCCAGUAUAAUUUAGUGUUUAAUAUAAAGUUAGAACUUGUAAUAUUUAGAUAAAUUGACCCUGGGCGUAACCUUUUAACUUUCGGGGUUGAGGCGACGCGAAUAUGAUAUUUUACGCGUUUUUCUGAAAUAUAGUGUAUUGUGUUAGUGGUAAAAAUGGCUGAAGACGAGGUCCUGUUCGAUGAUGUGUAUGAGCUAUGUGAAAUUAUUGGCAAGGGACCAUUCAGCCUUGUUCGUCGAUGUGUGCACCGGCAAACAGGACAGCAGUUUGCCGUGAAGAUUGUGGAUGUAGCUCGUUUUACAGCUAGUCCUGGAUUAAGCACUGCUGACUUAAAAAGAGAAGCUACAAUAUGCCACAUGCUCAAACAUCCUCACAUUGUGGAGCUUCUGGAGACUUACAGUUCCGAGGGGAUGCUGUAUAUGGUUUUCGAAUAUAUGGAUGGAUCUGAUUUAUGUUUUGAAGUGGUUCGUCGGGCCACAGCUGGAUUUGUCUACAGUGAAGCUGUAGCAUGUCACUACAUGCGUCAGAUCCUGGAGGCGCUCCGCUACUGCCACGAGAACGACAUCGUGCACCGCGACGUGCGGCCGCACUGCGUGCUGCUGGCGGGCCGCGACAACUGCGCGCCCGUCAAGCUCGGCGGGUUCGGCGUCGCCGCGCAGCUGCCCACGCCCACCGCGCACCGCGCGCCGCCCGAACUGGUGAUGGACAAUCGACCACUAGUGGGUCCUAUGGGCCAAGCAUAUCUCAAAUCAGAUGAGUAUGGUCGCAUUGGGACUCCGCAUUACAUGGCGCCUGAAGUAGUUUCGAGUCAACUGUACGGGAAACCAGUGGAUGUAUGGGCAGCUGGAAUUUUACUGCACGUUUUGCUCGUGGGCUACUUGCCAUUCACUGGGACGAGGGAGCGGCUGUUUGAAGCUAUUUGUCGUGGCAGAUUACGCUUCGAUGCACCUCUUUGGGACGACAUAAGUGAUGCUGCCAAAGAUCUGGUGCAGCGCAUGCUGACGGUCGACCACACACAAAGAAUUAAUAUACAAGAAGUUCUAAACCACCGAUGGAUCAGGGAUCGCGACAAGCAGAACCGCAUUCACCUGUCGGGCACGGUGGAGGAGCUGAAGAAGUUCAACAGCCGGCGGCGGCUGCGCGCGGCGACGCUGGCGGCCGCGUCCGUGGACGACGACGACGACGACGACGAGCAGCCCGCGCGCCGCCAGGUGCUCGUGGAGGAGGCCAACGCGGCGGCUGUUAAUCUUAUAGUAGAAUCGCUAGAUGAUGUAGCAGUCCUUCAAGAUGGACCACCAGUUAUGGACCCGGACCUGUUCCACAGCGUGUUGGAUGAUCUGCAAUUACGAUCUUUACUAGAAGUGUACGACCGCAUCGCGUGCACGGUGGUGGUGACGAGCGGGCGCGCGCCGGCGGCGGAGGGACGCGCGCGCGCGCGCGCUGCGCUCGAGGCGGCCGCGCGCCUGCGCUCCGGCGCCGCGCCCGCCAGCGCCGCCGCCGUGCACGACCUGCGCCGCCUGCUCGCCGCGCCGCAUGUCAAGGCCCUACUACAAGCACACGAUGUGGUCGCGCGUGAGGUGUACGGCGAAGAGUCGCUGCGGGCUUCUCCGCCUCCUGUCAACGGCAGAGCUCAGCCUCCGACCGAAGAGGAGGAUGACACUGAACCCGAGUUUGAAAACGUGACCAGAGUGCGCCUCGUACAGUUCCAGAAGAACACCGAUGAACCCAUGGGUAUAACGUUGAAGCUAGCAGAUGACGGUCGAUGCAUCGUGGCACGCAUUAUGCACGGUGGCAUGAUUCAUAGACAGGCUACAUUGCACGUUGGCGAUGAGAUCAAGGAAAUCAACGGGACGCCCGUCGCUAAUCAGUCCGUUGCACAACUUCAAAGGAUGCUGCGAGAGGCUCGCGGUUCGGUAACGUUCAAGAUAGUACCGUCGUAUCGAUCUGCUCCGCCUCCUUGUGAGCUAUUCCGGAUAAAGCCUUCGCCCGUGCUAAUAUUCGUUAGAGCACAAUUCGACUAUGAUCCUCUGGAAGAUGAGCUCAUACCUUGCGCACAAGCAGGCAUAGCCUUUAACACUGGAGACAUAUUGCAGAUUAUAAGCAAAGAUGAUUCUCAUUGGUGGCAAGCUAGGAAAGAUGCUUCAGGAGGUUCCGCUGGUCUUAUCCCGAGCCCAGAGCUCCAAGAAUGGAGAGCAGCUUGUGCAGCAGCAGAAAGAUCUAAUACGGAUCAAGGAGCUGAAGGCUGCGUGUCGCAUACCGAUGGAUGCGAGAAUACAGUCAAUUGUUCGAUAUUUGGACGAAAGAAAAAACAAGCAAAGGAUAAAUAUUUGGCGAAACACAAUGCCGUCUUUGAUCAGCUCGAUGUUGUUACUUAUGAAGAAGUUGUUAAACUUCCCUCUUUCCAACGAAAGACCAUAGUGCUUUUGGGUGCACAUGGAGUCGGUCGUCGUCAUAUCAAGAAUACGCUCAUUGCGCGUCAUCCCGACCAAUAUGCUUAUCCUAUACCACAUACGACUAGACCUCCGCGUACCGAUGAAGAAAACGGCAGACACUACUACUUCGUAACUCACGAUGAAAUGAUGGCUGAUAUUGCUGCAAAUGAAUAUUUAGAAUACGGAACUCACGAAGACGCAAUGUACGGAACUAAACUGGAAACUAUCCGUCGUAUCCACUCGGAGCGUCGUAUCGCCAUCCUGGACGUGGAGCCUCAAGCGUUGAAGAUCUUACGCACUGCAGAGUUUGCGCCGUACGUCGUGUUCGUCGCAGCACCGUCUUUGAACAACGUUGCUGAUUACGACGGGUCUCUGGAAGUGCUGGCCCGGGAGUCCGACCAGCUCCGCCGGACGUACGGCCACUACUUCGACAUGUCCAUCGUCAACAACGACAUCGACGACACGCUCGCCCAGCUGGAGGCCGCGCUCGCGAGGAUGCGCUCCUCGCCGCAGUGGGUGCCCGUCUCCUGGGUGUAUUGACCUACCGACUGCUACCUGUAAGUCAUACCGCCGUUCUGAAAUAGACUUUAUUCCGCUAAUCUUACAGUUUCUUUUUAAACGUAUCGACGUGUCGAUCGUUACAUUUUGGACUUUGGAAUUCAAGUACAUUUUCGUGUUUGUAUGUAUUCAAUCGACAUGUCGUUUGCUUGUAUAUCAAAUUGAAGUGGGUCCUCCAGAGACGCUUGGUUUCUCGUUGGCGAUCUAAAAUAGAUUUGAUAUUACGCCUAUAGUUUAAUUUUAAUCUAUUUCUCGUUACGACGAUAAUCUCAAUUUCAAUCUAAA